AUGGCCCGCACAACUCGCCUGGUCUUCCUCUUCCUCGCACUCACAGGUGCCUCGGUCUUCGCCUCUCCGACGAGAAGCUCGCAGAUCCCCGGGGGCUGGACGCCGCAGCGGAAGCCUGCGGCGGAGGAUCUGGCGGUGUGGGACAAAGUCACCAAGGAGCUGAAUACUGGCUUGGCAUCCAUGGGAGAGCCCAGCACUGUGGAGACACAGGUGGUGUCAGGCAUUAAGUACAAGUUCAGCUUCGACAAUGGCGAUCAGGUCACUGUGUGGUCGCAGCCAUGGCUCAACAAGCUCGCGGUGGUGAAUGUGCACCAGACAGAGCCCUGA